AUGAAGACGACACUCGCUGUGCUCCUAAUCAUGGAUCUCUACGGACUCUCCUCUGGUCUCAUGAAAGAACAUUUCUUUGUGAAUAAGGAGAAGUCACGGUCUUCUGCACAAGAUCACUGCAAAACAUACUUUCAUGACCUCUCCACCUUCACCAAUGAGAAAGAGGAACAGCAAUUUUCAGAAGAUGCAGCUCAUCAAACUUCUGAUGCCUGGGUUGGACUCUACAAACAAUCAAGAGUCUGGAAGUGGUCAGGAGGUGAAAAUGGAAUACAAAUGACUUGGGAUACUAGUAAUGAACAACCAGAAGUUGAUGGCUGUGCUUUUCUACAGAGAGGCCUUAAGAAACUGCAAGAUGCAGAAUGCACUGCUAAAUAUGCCUUCUUCUGUAUGAACAUAAUAGAGUUUCUUCUGGUGUGUCAGAAAGAGACCUGGGAUGGAGCUCUGGAAUACUGCCAACAACUAAACAAUGAUCUGGCAAGUCUGAGCACAAUGGAAAGAAUUAAUUCUGCUUUACUGGAAAUCACACAGGCUGAAACAGAAUAUGUGUGGACUGGUCUGCGUUUUCUAGCAGGGGACUGGUUCUGGGUCACUGGAGAUAAUCUUAACUACACAGCCUGGUAUCAGAACGAACAGCCCCAGUGUCCUGCCAGAGACCUUCAUUGUGGAGCCCUGGACAAGCAAACAAGGGUUUGGACACACAGAAACUGUGAGGAGAAGCUCAACUUUCUUUGUCAGAAUAAAGUAAUGAAACAAACCGAUUCAUGA